UUUCCUCUAUGACAUUUAUUUGAAUACUUAACCCAAUUUUUUUUUUCAAAUAUAAAGUUUCAAGAUAACUCUUUGAUCUUUGGUCGUUGUUUGUGUGUGAUUUCUGCGUUUCAUCAAGAUCAAUUAAUAAAAGUGUGAUAAAUCAGAGAUGGGUAAAUGUUUCAGUAAUCUAUCGGCGAUUGGAGGAAUAGAUACAGGUAAAGAUUUGUUUUUCUUCAACGAUGACGAAGAAAUAAGUGUGCAAAUAAAUCGGAUGAACUUAUCACCUUCUGUAAAGAGUUCCAAGAUUUUUGUAGCACUUUAUGACUAUGAGGCUAGAACAAAUGAAGACCUAGAGUUCAAAAAAGGUGAAUAUUUAGAAAUUCUCAACGAUAAAUUGAAGGACUGGUGGCUUGCCAGAAGUAAAAACACAAAAAAGAAGGGGUACAUCCCAUCAAAUUAUGUCGCAAUGUUGAAAAGCUUGGAGGCCGAACCGUGGUUCUUCCGGAAGAUCACAAGAUUUGAGGCGGAGAAGAAACUUCUUUCCUCUAAAAACAAACAUGGUGCAUUCCUCAUAAGGGAAUCUGAAAGUAGGGAAAAUGACUAUUCGUUAUCAGUUCUCGAUAAAAACACCGUGAAACAUUAUAGAAUAAAACAAGUAGAAAAUGAAGGAUUUUACAUUGCAAGAAAGAUGACUUUCAGGACGCUUCAGGGUUUAGUUAAUCACUAUAGUUUGAUUGCUGAUGGUCUAUGCGUUAAUCUUCGGAAACCCUGUAUACAGACUGAAAAACCUCAGCCAGAAGGCUUGUCACACCACACAAGAGACUUAUGGGAAAUUAGAAGAUCCUCACUUACAUUCCUAGAAAAGUUAGGUGAUGGCCAGUUUGGUGAGGUAUGGGAAGGGGCAUGGAAUCACACAACACCUGUUGCAAUUAAAACGCUCAAACCAGGAACUAUGGACCCCCAGGAUUUUCUGGCAGAAGCACAAAUAAUGAAGAAGCUGAGACAUCCCAAACUAAUCCAGCUGUAUGCUGUUUGUACAAUGGAUGAACCAAUUUAUAUAAUCACUGAGUUGAUGAAGAAUGGUUCUUUGAAAGAUUACAUCAAUGGUAAAGAAAAAACCUUAAAGUUGCCCCAGUUGAUCGACAUUGCCGCCCAGAUAGCUUCAGGAAUGGCUUUCUUGGAGGCAAUGAAUUAUAUCCAUCGAGAUCUAGCUGCUAGGAACGUCCUUGUGUCAGAGACGAAGCAGGUUAAGAUUGCUGAUUUUGGUCUAGCUAGACUGAUAAGGGAGGAUGAAUAUCAAGCCAGAGCUGAUGCGAGAUUCCCCAUCAAAUGGACUGCACCCGAAGCAGCCAACUAUUGCAUAUUUUCUAUCAAAUCGGAUGUAUGGUCGUUUGGUAUUCUACUGACGGAAUUACUUACAUAUGGUAAAACCCCCUAUCCAGGUAUGAGUAAUAGCGAUGUGUUGUAUCAUGUAGAACGUGGAUAUCGUAUGUCAGCACCUAUUGGAUGUCCGCCUAAAUUAUAUCUCUUAAUGUUAGAAUGUUGGCAGAAAGACCCUAUGAGUAGACCAACAUUUGAAACUUUGCAAUGGAGGCUUGAAGACUUUUUUGCCAUGGAGGAAUCUGAGUACAAAGAAGCAUUAGAAUGCUGAAGGUCUAAUAUUGAUUCAUUUAUCUUCUGACUGGUUGAACACAUAAGUAUCAAUCAUAGACUAAUUGAACAGGGUUAAAAUAUGAUAUUAACCAAUAUAUGUCUUACUGAUUCUAUGGUAUGUGAAAAUAUUUUUUUACUGCUUUAUUUGAACUACACACAUCUUAUUUUGUGUCUAUUUUAUAUUUUCAUUCUCAUCUUGCACUGGAAUGUUCUAUAAGCUUCAUAUAACCAUUUUAUAUCUUGAUUGUAAUAAUCUUCUUCCAUUUACUACAAUAUUUUCUUUGUAUGUUUUUCUAUAUUGGAAACUGUCAAAUUAUUUCUCUUCUCUGUAUUUUCACCGGCUUCUUCAUUCACGCCGCUUCCAAACAAAAUUCAAAAGCUUUUUGUGCUUGGAGGUGGGAACUGCAAACUUUAACUAUGAUUUGCAGAGAUUGUUUUCAAUUGAAUCUUGAAAUGGCUUUUGAGAACAACUCGUACCUGCUGAAUGUCGAAUUAAAGAGUGGAAAAAGUGGAUGAUGUUCUGAAUUCAGAUUGACCAGAACACUUGUACAUUGGACUGGAAAAAGUUCAUCAUCAUCUGUGAGAUGCAACCUUAUGAGGUUGAAGGAAAUGGAGAUUGCAGUGAACAAGUUGGUUUUGUCUGCUCAAAAAUGUAUUGAUUGGACUGGUGUUGGAAAUACACAUCUCUCUAGAGAAAUAGAGAUUGAUAAAAACUUAUUAUAUUGAACAACGAAUUUUAAGCAAAAUAAUGGUAUAUUUUGUGGCGAAGCAAAUUCUGUAAUUUUUACAAUUAUGUAUUUUAUACGACCAAUGUGACAAAAAUUCAAAAGUGCUUGUCCUUAUUAUUAUUCAAUAGUUCAAUUGGUAUUGUGAUCGAUUAAUGAAUAUUAUCUUUUUUAUUUUUUCAUAAUAAAAUACUAAAACUUU